AUGUCCAAAUCGGCACCACAGCGAAAUUGGCUGGAACGAAAAAGCAACACUGCAGCUCCUACUAGUUACGCUUCCCGAGUGAUCAGAAAGAUAAAAGGCAAUGGAUUGAUUCGCGAUCAUCAAAGCAACAAUGCAUCGUUAAUGAACACUAAACCCUCAUCAUUCAGAAAUCGAUUAUUACGUGUGGUGAGUCAUCUCCGACCUUCCUCAACAUAUGAACAUUAUUCAGAUCCAUCAUCAUCAGAUCAUCAUCAUCAUUCCAUGUUAUUAGCAACAUUGGAUUCCAACCCAUACAACAACAACAAUACAAAUAACACUACUGUCGAACAACAACAUCCAUCCUCCAAUGGUAUGGAUGAUAAUUCUUCUUCACUGAAUUUUCUUCAUCAACACUCCUCUCCACUCUUUCAUCAUUUAUUUUCUCACGAUUCAUCCAUUGUCCAUUCUUCUAAUAAUACUCAUCAUGGAGCUUCUGCAAUACUAAGAGAUCAUCAAUCAAUGAAUGACGAUCAUGUAUUUAUUCAUCCCAUUCAAUCCUUGUCAAAAUUAUUUCAAUUUAUUAGAAACACAUAUUAUGUAUUAGAAAUGGUUGAUGAAGAUGAUGAAAUGAGAUCUAUUACUCCAUCCUCAAAUUUAUUUCAUUCAAAAUCUCAACCACUUAUUACAAAUAAUGAAAAGGAAAUACCAUUAAAAAUUAUUAAAAAAUCACCAAUUGGAUUUGAAUUUGAUGAAAAUGAUGAAACUCAUGCACCCAUCAUGAAUGAACAAGAAAUGAAACAAUUGAAUAAUACUGAACCACCACCAUUUUAUUCCAAUAUUGACAAAUUUCUAUUUCGAUUAUUUGUGUCUAAUGAUACCAAAAAUAAUGAUAAUAAUAAUCGUAACAGUAAUAAUAAGAAUAAUAAGAAUAAUAAUAAUAAUAAGAACACUAAUAUUCAUAAUAAUACUAUAAUUACUACAAAUUACAACAAAAAUACCUCAAUGAGUGAAAACACCAUGCUACAUGAUCCAUUGUCAUCCUCACUUUCCAAAUUACACAUUGAUGAAUCUUCAUUUCCAUCAACCCUCUCAACACCACAUAAUUCUAACCAUACUCUCUCACCAAUGAAUUCUAUCCAUAAUCACUCUCCAACUUCGAAUGUCAUUAUAUUCUUUAUUGAAAGUAUUUUUUCUGUUAUUAAAUCACUCUCACUAAUCACUCUUGUCACAGUGAGUUAUAUUCAUAAGAGAUUUGACAAGUAUUUAAAACCAAUCAUUGUUAUUGAAUUUAGUAAAUUAGAGAAAUUAUUAGGAAAAUUAAUUUAUAAUUUUAAAUUAUAUUUUAGAAUUGGAACCAAUGCUAAACUUACUAUUGCUCGAUUACUUGCUAAAAUUAGAAAUAAUAAUCCAAGAAAUUUUUACAUGAUACUUUCCAUCUAUUUGAGAAUGAGAAAUUGGAUGCACAUUCCAAAAUCAUUUAUUAAUCAAAUAUUCUGGACUGUUACUUCUAUUUAUUUUAAUAUUUUAUUAUUUUGUAUUUAUUUAAUUGAAAAGAUUGUAUCACCAAGAUUACUCUAUUUAUUAACAAUGACCAAUGACAAAUUGAUUGAAAUUUUAGAUCGGGUAUUAAGUUUUGUUGAAUCUUAUUAUCAUAUUGUGAUUGAAAAUGAUCGAGUGGGAGGUGUGAAGAGAGAGCGACACAGCUCAGCUGCACAUUCUGCAUACAUGAAUGGAACGAAAAAAUUCCAAGCUGUGAGUCCUUUACAAGGGACAGAAAAUUAA